AUGCCGAUUUCACUCCAGUUGUGUGGGCUCUCCGUCGUCGCCCCUCCUGGGGGCAUUCCCUCCGGCGUCCGGCUUGCCGUAUCAGGGAGCAGACCAGCCUCCGGCAUCCGCCGAGCUGUAGUCGGUGGAGUGAGGCAAAUGCCGGUGAGAUGCGGAGGCGGGGAGGGCGGAUCUGCCGGUUCGGCUGUGGAGGCCGAAUUCGAUGCCAAGGGGUUCCGCCACAAUCUAACCCCGAGCAAGAACUACAACCGAAGGGGAUUCGGACGGAAGGACGAGACGCUCCAGCUCAUGAACCAGGAGUACACCAGUUCGGUAACUUAUGAACACCAACGCCCUAUUCCUCGCCCAAUGCCUUGCUCAUUUCUCCUAUACACGAGAAACGAUUGAGAUUGGCUUCUACAGAAGAAUUCCUCAACAUAUUUUUUUCUUCUUGAAAGCAAUGGUAGGAAUCUUUACGGGGGCUUUCUCCCGAGGUUCCUAUUAAUUUCAUGUUUGCAUAAUCUUCUGAUAUCAGUUUGAUCUCUCUGCGGUUCCCUUUACCGAACGGGCAGGUGGCCUGAUCUAGAUUCUCAAGGAGAAUGACAACGAGUACACCUGGGGGACCGUCAAGGUGAAGCUGCCAGAAUCCUAUGGAUUCUGCUGGGGCGUUCAGACUGCAUAAGAGGCGAGGAAACAGUUUCCCGCGGAGAAUAUUUGGAUCACCAAUGAGAUCAUUCACAACCCGGCUGUCACUAAGGUGAAACAAAAUCACUGCUCAAGCUUUGAGUUGACCAGUGAUCAAAGAGGGUGUCGCAUGAUGGAUAGUACUUGCUCUGAUUAUAACAUGAUACAGAUGAUGGCUAUGUGGUUGUUCUGGAUCUCAUCUAAGCCACAAGAUACCCCAUACAAAUAGUUAAUAUCUGAAGUAAGCCUGCGGAUUAUCGUAAUUAUUUUGUGGUUUGAUCCUAAACUCAUGUUUCUAUGACUCUUCACAACGUUUUUCUCCUGAUAAAUGUACAUAUUAUAUGAAAUAUACCUCAUUUUCUUUUUGCCAAGUAAUCUUUCCCAUGGGCAUUGCAAAAAACAUCUUCAUGCCAUAUUAAUCGACUCAUGUAUUGAUAAAACUCGAUACUUAAGAUGCCCACAUCCAUUGAGAAAUUCCCAUAUAUGGCACUAAGGUUUCUGUUCUCGGAAUGCAGACGUUGGAGGAGAUGGAAGUCAAGGAUAUCCCCGUCGAAGAUAGGAAGAAAGACUUUGAUGUUGUGAUCUUACCUGCAUUUGAGGCUACUGUCCAGGAGAUGCAGAUUCUGAGUGAAAAGGAAAUCCAAAUCAUUGAUACAACUUGCCCAUGUGUAUCAAAGGUAAGAGAAGGAGGUUUGAUUUUUUAUUUUUAGUUAUUAUUAUUUAAUCUAUUAACUGUUGAUUGCCUUCUGUUUCGAUGCAAAAGGUUUGGAACACGGUUGAAAAGCACAAAAAGGGAGAUUAUACUUCAAUAAUUCAUGGAAAGUAUUCUCACGAGGAGACCAUUGGGACUGCAUCGUUUGCUGCGAAGUAUAUAAUAGUGAAGAACAUGUCAGAGGUAAAAAAAUAAUAAUAUUAAAAUAAAAUGCAUAUUAUAGCAGUCUUUUCUCAUUGCUUAGCUGAUAUUCUAUAGAAAUUAUCUUGCAUUCCAACUUGCUCAUUGGAAACAGGCAAUUAUAUGUAUGUGACUACAUCCUUGGAGGUGGACUUGAUGGUUCUAGUUCGACAAAGGAAGAGUUUCUUCAGGUAAUAUUUGUUGUCUAUUAAACUGGCUGAACUCUUAUUAUCCAGUGAGCUUGGGUUCAAGCCAUUUGCAUGCUAACAGAGAUUCAGAUUCGCCAUAUCCUCCGGUUUUGAUCCGGACAAUGAUUUAGUGAGAGUGGGCAUUGCAAAUCAGACUACAAUGCUCAAAGGGGAGAGGAAGGAAAUUGGUUUGUCUUCUCUACACCAUCUCAUUUCCAUCUGGUGUGUGUGUGUGUGUGUGUGUGUGUGCGGAUCUGUGAUAUUUUUGAUUUUUUUUGUGUGACCCAGGAAAACUUGUUGAGAAAACUAUGAUGAAGAGAUGGGAUCGAAAAUGUCAACGAUCAUUUCAAAAGCUUCAAUACAAUAUGUGAUGGUACCCAGGUGAUUCCUUCUUUUUCUCGAAGGUGGAGAUGAGCCAUUAUUGAAAUGUAUCUCAUCCUUGUUUCACUUUUGACUUUUGUAUUUCCUUGCUGGCAGUGGUUUUCGAUAACUAGAUGGACGUAGGAAAUUAUUUUUGCUUCACUUUAUGCCAUGCCCAUAUUAUUUUAGCCUCAAUUCCUUGUUUCACUUUGACUUUCACUCUAAUAGUCUAAGAUGCCGCGUAUUACUCAGUAGACUGCAGCUGUGUUGACUGACGAGCUCUUGGUCCUUCAGUUGACUCGAGACAGUCUCUAAAUGGAAUAUUUUUUUUCUUGAUUUUGUUGACAUCGUGGUGCAGGAGCGACAAGACGCCAUGUAUAAGCUAGUCAAGGAGAAAGUGGAUCUUAUUCUAGUGGUGGGUGGGUGGAAUUCCAGUAACACGUCUCAUCUACAGGAGACCGCGGAGCUCAAUGGGAUCCCAUCCUACUGAGUUGACUGCGCCGACAGAAUUGGACCCGGGAACAGUAUAAGCUAUAAGCUGAAUGUGAGCUCUUCAGUUCAUCGUUCUCAUGCUUCUCAUCAUCUUCCUGGUCAACGGUGAUGGGUCGUGAUAUUUUUUUUUCUUUCUGUUUUCUAAAUAGCCCGGAGAGCUGGUUGAGAAAGCCGACUGGUUACCUUCUGGUUCCAUCACCAUUGGAGUGACCUCAGGUGCUUCCACUCCGGAUAAGGUCCAAACUCGUUGACUAUUUUUCACAAGCUAUUUUAGAAACUCGUUGACAAUUCUCAUCUAGCACUCACCUCCUUAGUGGCUGAUCAAUCCAUUCCGUUUUCAUGGAUUUGCAGGCUCUCGAGGAUGUUCUAGUGAAGGUCUUCAGCAUCAAACACGAAGAAGGGCUGGAAUUAUCAUAG